AUGACCAAGCGAAAGUUCCUCUCGUGGAUCGCUUGUGUGUAUGAUCCGCUUGACUUGCCGAGUCCAGUUUUCUUCAAAUACCGAUUGAUGUUUCGCGAACUAUGCCACACAUCGUUGAAGUGGGAUGAGAAGCUCCCAGAUGCACUGGCUCUCAAGCCGCAAGAGCUUGAGACAAGAACGAGUAGCAUGAAAAUUCAAGUGCCACAAAAAGUUUUGCCUAAGAGUGACGAUGAUCUCGAGCUACAAGUUUUUGUCGAUGCUUCGAAGGUUGGAUUCGGGAUGAACGCCUACCUGAAGCCGCAAGAUGCAGAACAUACUCCUCAUUUGCUCUUUGCCAAGUCCAAGUUGGCUUCCGAAGGUUGCAGAACAGCACCCAAACUCGAGUUCACGGCCGCUAAUGCGGGAACAAAAAUGGCGGAUUUCAUUGAAGAGCACGUUAACAAACCGAUAAAGAAAGUCAUCAUUUGGUCCGAUAACCAGUCGGUAUUGCAUUGGAUCGCUGGUCAAAAAUGGGAGACAUUGGGGAAAUACGCAACCCAAAAGUUGCAAACGAUUCUGAAGUACCCAGCAGAAUUUCGCUACAUUCCGAUAGACUGGAACCCUGCGGAUGUCUCAUCGAGGGGAUGCAGACCCGAAGAACUGGCCGCAGACGUACAAUGGUGGCACGGGUCAAGUUUCUUAAAGCUGAAGAAAGGACAGUGGCCACAGUUUGAGCUCCCACCAUUCGAGAAUGCGCCAUGUGCGGAGAUGACGGAAACGGUAGCGGUGAGCAGGAGUGAGCCACCGUACGAGUCAAGAGUGGAUCCGGCGAGUGUGACCUCGUGGGUGGAAUUGACACAAAGACUCGGGAAAACGGUCAAAAAUGCGAGAGAUACAGUUGGAGAGGUGAUGCGAAAGGGUGAAAUCGAAGCGUUUCGGGAAGCACAAAAGAGAAAUCCACCCUCCAGCUGCACGUGCCGAUCGCUCGCUCUGUUCAAAGACGAGGCUUGUCUUUGGAGGGCAACGUCACGAACACUGAAUCGGGAGAUCAAUGGUGAAGCGGAGCAUCCACUUUUCAUGUCAGGCAACGACCCAGCUGCAAGGCUGUACGCUCAAAACAUUCAUGUGCGUUUGCAGUGCGCCGGAGGGGCUACAAUUUUGGCGGAGAUCCGAAAGGACGUCUGGAUUCCAAAGGGCGGAUCAGUGGUCAAAGGCGUGAUCAAGGGCUGUGAUGUGUGCAAACGAUUUGGUGUGACGCCAUUCAAGUUACCGAACUUGCCACAACUCCCUAAGGAAAGGUUGCGUGCGAUGACACCUUUCGAGAGCACGGGGUGCGACUUGGCGGGACCGUUUCGCACC